AUGGCUUUUAGGUAUUGCCGCCACUUUCCUCCUCGCCGCACCACCACUGGUGGGGCCAUUCGACACUCAGAGGACAACGGAGACGUCGUGUUGGUGACUGGAACCACUGGCAACCUGGGAUGUUACCUUCUCGAUGCCCUCGUCUCAUCGUCGGAAGUACGACUAGUCUAUGCAUUGAACAGAGCCUCGCGGGACGGGGCGUCACUGCUCAACAGGCAAAAAGAGGCUCUGCGACACCGCGGACUUGAUCCACAAAUUCCCCACUCGCCCAAGGUGAUACUCCUUGAAGGAAGUCUGACCGAUCCGACUUGGGGACUCCCUGUAGGAGUUUACGAACAGGUGCAUCGAUCCACGACACACAUAAUUCACAAUGCAUGGCAAGUUGAUAUGAUCGCCAGGCUUCCGGCGUUCAAGUCUCUUCUAGAAGGCUUGCGGUGCCUGGUGGACUUUGCAUUGACUUCGCCGCGUACCUCACCUCCACGACUCCUGUUCACCAGCUCUACUGCUAUGCUACAAUAUGCAUCUCGAGAGUCCCCGGUAUUGGAACGUCCCGUAAAGCCCGAGGUCACAGCAGCCUGUGGCUAUACAAAGUCGAAGUGGGUAGCUGAGCAAAUCUUGUACGCUGCCGCCGCACAGACGGACUUGGAUCCCUUGGUAGUUCGUGUAGGCCAGGCGUCCGGCGGCAAGAGCGGCGCCUGGGCUGUGAAUGAAUGGUAUCCACUCAUGGCGCAGAGUGCCGCCCAGCUGGGGUGCUACCCCAACGAUCUGCGACCCAUCAACUUCAUUCCGUACGAGUACGCGGCCGCGGCAUUGCUAGACUUUCGCAAGGCAUCAAACGCAUCACAUACGGUGCAUCUAGUGCAUCCGGAUCCUACGUCGUGGCAGACCCUAGCAAGGGUCAUUGCUCGGGAAUUCGGUGUUCCGCUCGUGCCCUUUAGCGAGUGGGUGGCGAGGCUCGAGGCGGCGGCGGCGACACUACCACAAGAUACCAUCGAUCGCAGGAGGAGAAUACGUGACUUAAGGGUCUUGCAAGUAAUGGAAUGGUUUCAGGAUAUGCUGCGGGUGUAUUAUCCCGCGCACAUGGCCCUAGGGUUCCCCGACGUCGACAUGGUGGAAGCGAUGAAGGCUUCGCAGACGCUUGCGGAUCCGAAUCUCCCGCGAGUAAGUGAGGAAGACGUGCGACGAUGGCUGACGUACUGGCGCAAAGUGGGAUUACUCGGCAAGUGCGAGCAGCCUCUCGCUAGGCUGUAG